AUGAAGAAUUGCUCGUUGAUCUUGCAGCACUCCCUUGUCGGCAUGUUUACCAUUACGAAUGGUAUGCAGUUCAUUUUAUCGCUAUAUAUUCUUCAAUGGAUAUCCAGCAGUCGACAGAGCAACCGUUGUCCCAUGUGUAAUGCUCAUACAACUUUAUCUCGUGUCUAUGGACCACUCUUUGUUUCCUUUGCUCCUCGCACAACGACUGUACAGACAAUUCAACAACCAGUACGCAUCGAAGAGAAUCCAAGUUAUCAGGAGAGCAUUCAAAAUUAUAAGAAUAACAUCGCCAUACUAUCCAACCGAUGCGACGUCAACGCACGCGAAAUUGCCACCUUGACCCGUAAACUACGUUACUUUAAAACGCUGAAAGAAAUCCGAGAAUACGAUGCAGCACUAAGUACGCCUGUAGCGGUCGCCACUAUGAAUCGGUGGGCUGCACAACAGCCAAGUGAACUGGCUACGGUGCUAGCCGGGUUAAAAGAACGCAUGAAAGCUAUGGAGACUGAGCGCGCCAGUGAACGUCGGUAUCUGGACCAUGCACGAGCACGCAUUCGAACAUUGAAGGAGCAGUUGAAAGCAUCUCGGCAUAAUCAACAAUCGAUCGUUGCGGAUGCCACAAUGAAUGGCAAGCGAGGGCACGGCAGCCAAAGUGGAAAGAACGAUCCAACCGGUUCACAUCACAGGAAGAAGCACAAGCCGCUGGAUCCUGCCCACCCUUCCAGCCGAUCCAACACCAUACCCAUUGCAACAUCGAGCUUAGAUGACAACAUUCCCAACGACGCAGACGAAAGUACUGAUGAUGAAGUCGUUGUUAUUCGGCAAAGAACAGAUGAGAUUCCGCCGCGACCGCGAAUAGAACAAAGUAACUCACCCUACGAUAUCGCUUCCCCCCGCUCCUCACACUUCGAAACACCUGUACAGAAUCGAUCCUCCUCUGCUGAAACCACCGCCAUUCCCGAAUCUCCGUUUAAUGAUGCAGUGACAGAGCCCCCUUUCUCACGAUACGAAAUGUACGAUCGUGAUGUGAAUGAUACCAAUUAUCCAAGUAACCAGUGUGUGUCAGACGACCUUCACUUGGUUCAAGGCGGCGACCAAGACGAUCGCUACGAGACAAUGGACAUGAUAUUAUUGGUACAGUAUUUGGAGCAAAGAAAACUGAGGAUCAAUCAUUCAUUCAUCUAA